AAAAAAAGUAUAUAGAUAUAAGUACUAUCAUGGAUUAUAUGGGAUCCCAGAUAUCGUAUAUCGUGAUAUUACCGUACCUUGUCUUAGCCAAUUACCGAUUGAGUUUGGGCAUGCAACAGGUUGCUGUAAGCUGUCGAUCAUUUUGAAAUAGUUUGUUUAUAUAGGUACUUUGCCGCACAAAGCUUAAAAAAGAAUUCAAGUUUCAAACGCUUUGAUAAAUCAAAAAUAGAUCUAUUAAUGCGUUAAUUGUUUAAUUACUUGGGUGCACAAUUACGUUCUUGUAAAAACGGGGAACCAGUCUGAUUUUUUUCUGAGGAAUUCGCGUGCAGGGGAAAAAGGAGCAAAACGAAACCAUAACCUGUUCAAUCAUGCGUCUACCUAUACGCCGCUUUCUCGCUUGAAUUUACGAAUAAUUUUUAGUUUUAGAUUGUUGUUAUGUCAAAUAUUUCUACGAAUCAUAGAGAAUACAGAGAAUUAACGAUUUUUAUUGAAACUAUUGCAAACAAAUCAAUGCAUAAAGUUAAUCAUUCUGAAUUGUUUAAUUAGCUGUAUUCUGGUGGACCAAAAACAUGGGAACCAGAGCUGUCGCAGUGACUUGUUCUGCUGGUGCAGUAGCAGCACUGGGUGAAGCAAAUCUUGCAGGUGUCCCAAGACUUCUGGAAGAUUUAGCAAGAUUGUCAGAGGACAAGGAUACAGCUGACUUAGUCUUUCUUCUUGGGAGAGAAGAGACACCUGUUUAUGCACACAGAAUUAUUAUGCAAGUUCGUUGUAAGAACUUCUCACCUGGAAAGCGUAUUGGAACUGCUGGCAACCCAGCUCCUAUAAGAAUGAAUCAUGUCCAUCCAGAGACUUUUAGACAAUUCAUUCACUACAUAUACACUGGAAAAAUAAUGCUACAAGACAGUGGAAUAUUUGAGAUGCUAGGACUUGCUCAAGAGUUGGGUGUUGAAGAGCUAUGGCGUAGCUGUGAAGAGCAUGUAUCUGUAACACUAACCCCUGGCAAUUCCUGUACACUACUGAGUGCUGCAUUGGAUGCUCAAGAACGUGUUCUAGGAGGCAAGGGAGCAUGUUCAUCUUUUAUUGAACGCUGCUUUGCUUACAUUGGAGAAAAUGCUGUGGAUACAGUAAAAACCAAUGCCUUUUGCAACCUUCCCAAAGAGGCAGUGAUCAAGCUUAUAUCUUCAGACUAUCUUGGAUUAGAAGAGGAAGAUGUCUGGAGGGCAGUGCUUAAUUGGGCCAAGUAUCAGGCAGGAGUAACUCAACCCACACAACACUGGACUGAAGAAGAGAGAGCAAGAGUUUGCCAACACUUGGCUGGAGUUAUAAAUCAUGUAAGGCUUCUAUUGAUAGACAGUCAAGUCUUUGCUGAGGAAGUAGAACCCACUGGAGCUGUCCCCAUAGAGUUGUCAUUGGAGAGGUACAGGUACGCCGCUCUGCCGAAUAAGCACGCGGACAUCUGCUCGGACAAACGUUUACAGCCCCGCAUAGGGCCAUUUUUAUUUCCGGGAUCGCAGAUUUUAUCCAAGGACAAAAUGGGUUUCCAGCGACUACUAAAUCAGUGGUAUGGUGUUCCUAAACAAUCUUGGAGAUUGAUAUACAGAGCCUCGAGCCAUGGCUAUGCGGCAUCGGCCUUCCAUCGGCACUGUGACGGAGCAGCUCCGACGUACGUUAUCGCGUUAGGAACGAGAGGCGAGAUUUGCGGGGGAUUUAGCGACAUUCCCUGGGGUAAGACAAGCGCCAAAGGCCACCAUUACAUCCCUUCAGAUAAGGCCUUCCUCUUCACCCUCAUUAACGACCAGGACGUCCCACCAACCAAAUACGAUGUCGUGAAGAAGCCCUUCGCAAUCUGCUACCACCCGGAUAUCGGUCCGAUUUUUGGCGCCGGUGCUGAUCUGCUAAUCUCUAGCAACUGCAAUAUCAAUAUGGAUAGUUAUAGCAACCUGCCUCACAGCUACGAUGGCGAUCACGCAUCUAACUCAAUACUCAUGGGUGACUACUAUUUCUCCGUAGUGGACUACGAAGUGUUCACGCUCAGCAGCGUCGGAGUCAAGGCAAAUCACUGACCUUACGAUAGAGAGACUCCGUGUACAGAAACGAAUUGUAAAAAGGUUCUUGAGAAAAUUUGUUAGCUUUAAAAUAGCUAUAAGGCUGCAUCUUACCACCAAGUCAAGUAUUGCAGACUUGGUAAUCACUAAAGAAAGUUCAGAUAUACCUAGUACUUAUAUUUGUAAAAGUUGCAGCAUGAAUCUCAAUUUUAAAAGAUCUCCUAUAUAAGCUAUAAUUCAAGGUGCUGGGGGCCCCAUCAGCACUAUUAGCGUGCUUGGCCCAUCACAUGUAUGUAAAAUACGCACAUUUUUAUCGUUUAUUCGCAUUUUAUAUUUCAGUUGAAUAAAUCUCGAUUUUAUACAUUUUAUUUCAAGCUCUGAUGAAUUCUCAUUAUUUACACCGUCUGCAAUAAGCGCUCGUUCGUUCCUACCCAAUCGUCGCUAUUAUAGCAUAACUAUAUCGCAACAAUUAACACUCAUCAGCCUGCUAAUUAACCGACUUGAAUUCACGCUUUUUUCUCUGCCCGAUACACUUAUAGAGCGUAUCUCACAAGAAUAUAAACAUCCACGCGAUAUCGCUCAUUGCAUAAAUCCUCUCUCCUCGAUACAAUAGCCCGUUAUGUGUGUUUGUAUAUAAGUAUAUUUAAAAGAAAAGCGAAAGCGUCGAUGAUAAACUCACGCACGCUCAUGUCACCUGUCAACUCGCGAUCGACGUACACAAAAGUGGCGUGUGCUCUGUUUUUUUUUGUUUGUUGUUGCUACUUUAUAUACAUAUAGAUAUCUAUAGUGGAGGGAGUAUUCUAGACAUGCGCGCACCGAGUCGUCGAGAAAGGGACGACGUGCGAUGCUGUCUCGGGGAGCGCGAGUCUGGCUACUCGUCGUUGCGGCGAAGUACACGGUUUGGAGUAUCUACUACUGGCGCACCAGGAGGCCCGAACGCUGAGCCGCUGUCUCAGAAUCACAGCGUCUAUGACUCGACGCAGUUCGACGUGAACUCAACGCCGGUGAAUCCCCUGUACGCGGCUUCGCUACAGAGCCCUGACAGUAUCACCGGCUACAGCAUAGACAGCAGUGCCCAAGAGUUCACACAGAACCAGCAACAACAACAGCAGCAGAAGGAAGCCAACGGCUAUCAGCAAUAAAAAACAAGCGGAGCGACAUGUAUUAUUCAUUUGCGAUUCGCGGGUGUUUGUUAUUCUGCUCUCCGAUUGGAAAAACCGGGUAGAAAAAUUAUUAUCGGAUUUUUUUUCGAUGGGAAUUGUACCGCUUUGAUACGAAUUUAUUUUAAGAAAAUUGAAUGAAAACAGUGAUGGAUUUAAUCGAUGUUCCGGAUCACUACGAGGAAAUAAAGAGAGAGAGAGAGAGAGAGAGAGAGAGAGAGAGAGAGAGGGAGAGAGAGAGAGAGAGAGAGGGAGAGAGAGAGAGAGAGAGAGAGAUGGAAAAACUUCUGAACGAUUCUAGUCGUCGGAGUAGCAUCAUUUUUUAAAUAUUUAGCAGCGCAUUAUUCGAUAAAUGUAUAUAUGUAUUCGCAUCAAUAUUGCUGGCUUACUAGAAUUAAAGUAUUCAUGCCUUAUAUUUAUAAUUCCGAGUAAAAUUUCAAUCUUUUGAUAACAAAAUAUUUAAAAAUUUUACUUAUUGAGUUACAUUAAAAUCAAAUCAUGUUCUUAUGACUGAAAUAUAUUGAAACUUUAAUUUUCUAAUUUAUUUAACAAUUAUAUUUUUCAAACUAGAAAUUAUGAAUAUGAUUAAUUUGAUUUUGUAUGCAUCUUCUGAUUAUAAAUUACAGUGUCUUUCAGUAUAUUAUUAACGAUACUAUUUCAACGCCAAUCUUAUCUACCUAGAUCAUGCGUCUUGUGAGAAUGUAACGCUGUAAAUUUGACCACGGAAUUUGUGUCACGCUUACCGUGAUGUAUUUUAUACGCUUGAUAGAUUUGUUGUACCUCUACUUGGAAACAUUUUUUUUCCAUGUACUUCAUAAUAUAAAAUUUAUACACUUCGAAUUUUUUAUCAGUAAAAUACUUUAUAACUUCAUAAAAUAAUUAUAGAACUGUACAUACGUAUGCAUGUGGCUAUAUGCAUUUGUAUAUAGUUUUUUCCUACGUGUGUCAAGUAAUGAAACUGAAUUGUAACUUUUAUAUGAAAUUUUAUUAUUCUUGCAUCGAUAAUAUGAUUUCAUACUUAAAGUUUUGUAUUCCGACUAUGACAGCUUUGUUUAUAGGGUAUAAGAAGAAAUGUAUGUCCAACACAUA